ACAGACGUCGGACCAUAGGACUCUUAUUUGGCCUCCCAGAGCGAUGCCACCUCGAAAGUUCAAGACCGACCACCGUCGUGGUGGAGGGGCCAGCAGCAAGCACGUCUCCAGCUUUGAUGAAGUGAAGGCAAGGAAUGCCGGAGAAGAAUCCGCCUAUGACAAGGCCAGGGCAGCCCGAGCCGGAAAAGCAAAAGAAGAGGAAGAGGAGGCAUCUGAAGAAGAAAAGCCUGUCCGCAAGCCACAACGGGCUGAUGUAUUCGGAGAGGUUUGCAAUCUGAAUGCAGCAGGAUAUGCCCAUGUGGACAAGCAUGGAGUGGAAUUGACUCGUAAGCAAAGAGAAGAGCUGGAGAAGCAAGCAGCAAGACGACGGUAUGAAGAACUCCACAAGGCCGGCAAGACUGCAGAAGCGCAAGCUGACUUGAAACGAUUGGAAGAGGUUAAGAAGCGCAGAGAGGAGGCUGCCAAGAAAAAGGCCGAGGAAGCUGCAAAGCCACCACCGGAGGAGGAUGCCAAAGCAAUAGGUAGGGCUGCGCUGAUGAAGAAUCUGAAGGCAGUGAUGGGAAAAGACAAUGAUGACAAGGAAUCGAAGGAAACCAAAGAGGCAGUGCCGGCAGCUGCCAAAGGCAGCGAGGAGAAAGAAGCUUCAAUGGAUUCCAAGGAGGAGGCUGGUCCAAAGAAGCAGACCAUCAAUGGAGCUGACAUUGCUGAUGUCUACUCCUUCGUGGCAACAGAGCAGAAGGUCAAAGAAGAGGGCGGCAGAUUUGAGGCUACUGACGGUUCAAUCGAGGCUUGCCGAGCUGCUGAGGCUGACUUCAUGUGAGCCUUGCCUCGAUCUGUGAGAAAACUUAGAUUAUAUAAAGCCAAAUGAACAAUCACAGGACUAGUCAUGUCCGCUUUUUCCAGCUCAGAGUCUUUGGAUAUGCCAAUGUAGUCUCGAAUGGUCUCGAAUGGUCUCGAAUGGUCUCGAAUGGUCUCGAAUGGUCUCGAAUGGUCUCGAAUGGUCUCGAAUGGUCUCGAAUCGCACCGACACGUCGCUGGUAACCUUGUAAAGCCUUUAUGCAUCGGGGAGAACAGUCCCGUGCGUGUAGGUCCAGGCCCAGUGUACAGAUGAGCCUCAAAGCAAACGAGAACGUGUCGCAAAAAUGUCUUUCAAAAA